ACUUUUUCCAAAUAUGAAUUUUCAACACCUCAGAAAGUACUUAAUUUAAGUGGAAUUCAUGCGUUUAAACGAAGCAAAUGGGCUAGUGUGCUUUCUACCAGCAUGCUUUCAAGAAUCUUUACACACUCAUAAUUUGCUAAUCAAACCACAAAAUGCUUCUGCUUUUUUCUGUCAUGAUUAUCAAUUCAUUUUUUACCAAAGGCCAAUUUUCAUGGUUACAAUCUAAAGUACAACAGCUGGCAGAAUACAGGGCUGAACUCAGGAUUAAAUCCAGAAUUCCUCACUUACGAUUGCGAAUAAACCACCAACUUUAUACCAACUAGCUGAAACAACUCUUCCUUUUCUUCAACAUCUAGUAUUAGGAAGAAAAUUUCUAUCAGCAACAUUCACUAGAAGGCAAGAUUUCAGCUAGUUCCAGGAAAAAGUUGGUUAGUGAAAUAUUAAAUCCCUGAGAGCUGAUUUCACAGGAAGUCCAGUCCUCAAACAAGUACAUUGUUCAUCAGUCCUGAGUUCCAAUCAUUUUCUUCGUUUGCAACUGAGUUUUUGGAAUACAACCAAAUCGUCUCCUUCAGGUAUUGUGAAUUUGCUGAAGCUGCUAUAGUUUUCACAAGUCUAAUAAACACAAAAGGCUCUAGUUCCUUAAGGAACACUUGAGAGCUAGACGAGGGAAAACAUGGGCGCUGAAGACGACUAUAAAGCCAAAGAAACGAAACCUCAACUUGGGGAACGGUGGCCACACGGAGGAUUUCGAGGUGGAGGUGGAUGGAUUAGCAGUGACCGAGUCACAAGCACUUAUGAUCUUGUGGAACAGAUGCAUUUUCUUUAUGUUCGAGUUGUGAAAGCAAGAGACCUACCGCCAAAUCCAGUAACAGGGAGUUGCGAUCCAUAUGUGGAGGUGAAACUUGGAAACUAUAAAGGCAAAACAAAGCACUUUGAUAAGAAGGUAAACCCUGAAUGGAAGCAAGUCUUUGCUUUUUCAAAAGAGAAGAUUCAGUCUUCAAUUCUCGAAGUUUUUGUAAGAGACAAGGAUAUGGUGCAGAGAGAUGAUUAUCUAGGGAAAGUAGUUUUUGACAUGAAUGAAGUUCCUACAAGGGUUCCACCUGACAGCCCUUUGGCACCUCAGUGGUAUAGAUUAGUGGAUCGCCGAGGGGAGAGCAAAGUCAGGGGAGAGGUCAUGCUUGCAGUGUGGAUGGGAACCCAAGCAGAUGAAGCCUUCUCAGAAGCAUGGCAUGCGGAUGCUGCUUCAGUUCAAGGAGAAGGUGUCCAUAGUGUCAGAUCAAAGGUAUAUGUUUCACCUAAACUGUGGUACCUGAGAGUCAAUAUCAUUGAAGCGCAAGAUGUCGAAUCCCAAGACAAAAGCCAACCCCCACAGGUAUUUGUGAAGUCUCAAGUCGGGAAGCAGGUACUAAAGACCAAAGUAUGCCAAACACGAACAACUAAUCCUUUCUGGAAUGAAGACCUAUUAUUUGUGGUUGCAGAGCCUUUUGAGGAGCAAUUGGUACUUACCAUCGAAUGUAAGGUCGAUCCUUCCAAAGAUGAGAUCGCGGGGAGGAUAGUCUUGCCACUUAACACCUUUGAGAAGCGAUUGGAUCACCGGGCAGUUCAUUCUCGCUGGUUCAAUCUUGAAAGGUUCGGGUUCGGAGUUCUAGAGGGAGACAGGAGGAAUGAACUCAAAUUUUCAACAAGAAUCCAUCUCAGAGGUUGCCUUGAAGGUGGAUACCAUGUACUAGAUGAAUCAACAAUGUAUAUCAGCGAUCAGCGGCCAACAGCAAGGCAGUUGUGGAAGCAACCAGUUGGAAUCCUGGAAGUAGGCAUCUUGAGUGCACAAGGGCUUGUCCCUAUGAAACCUAAGGAUGGAAGAAAAACCACAGAUGCUUAUUGUGUGGCUAAAUAUGGAUUGAAGUGGGUAAGAACCAGAACUAUACUUGAUAGCUUGAGUCCUAAAUGGAACGAACAAUACACGUGGGAGGUUUAUGACCCCUGCACAGUGAUUACAUUGGGUGUCUUCGACAACGGCCACCUAGGAGGGGAGAACUCAGCUGGUGGAAAGGACUCUCGGAUUGGUAAGGUAAGGAUCAGAUUAUCAACACUAGAAACUGAUCGAAUUUAUACAAUGUCUUAUCCACUUCUUGUUUUACAACCAUCUGGAGUGAAGAAAAUGGGUGAACUCCAACUGGCUUUUAGAUUUACUUGUUUGUCUCUUGCAAACAUCAUAUAUCUCUAUGGCCAUCCCUUGCUCCCAAAGAUGCAUUAUCUACAUCCUUUCACGGUAAACCAAGUGGACAGUUUGAGAUAUCAGGCCAUGAAUAUUGUAGCUGUGAGGCUCGGACGAGCUGAGCCACCACUGCACAAAGAGGUUGUGGAGUACAUGCUGGAUGUAGACUCCCACAUGUGGAGCAUGAGAAGAAGUAAAGCUAACUUCUUCAGAAUCGUUUCUCUGUUCUCAGGUGUAAUUUCCAUGAGCAAGUGGCUUGAAGAAGUUUGCAAAUGGAAGAACCCAAUCACCACUAUGCUCGUUCAUGUUCUCUUUUGCAUAUUGAUCUGCUACCCAGAAUUAAUACUACCAACCACAUUCCUUUAUAUGUUUCUCAUUGGAAUAUGGAACUACCGCUCCCGACCUAGGCAGCCUCCACAUAUGGACACAAAACUAUCUUGGGCUGAAGCAGUUAACCCAGACGAACUGGACGAAGAGUUUGACACUUUCCCCACAUCGAAGGCUGAGAAUAUAGUUAAAAUGAGGUAUGACAGACUUAGAAGUGUGUCUGGUAGAAUCCAAACGGUCAUCGGGGACAUGGCAACUCAAGGGGAGAGACUCCAGUCUCUGCUAAGUUGGAGAGAUCCAAGGGCAACCAGCCUCUUCGUAGUCUUCUGUCUUAUCACAGCAGUGAUACUGUAUGUGACACCUUUCAAAAUCAUAGCUCUAGUUGCAGGUCUGGUUUACCUAAGGCACCCAAGAUUCAGGAGCAAAAUGCCUUCACCACCAAUCAACUUCUUCAGAAGAUUGCCUGCUCGAGCUGAUAGCAUGCUCUGAAACAAAUAAAUAAAGUAGACGAGUUUUUAAUGUUUUUAGCUGAACAUCAGUGAUGUAUUCUCCAUUUUUCUGUUUCAAAAGUUUGUAUGAUUAUGAUAUUUUUCUGCUUUUA